AUGGAUUGUUUGAUAUGGAAUUGCCAAGGGGCGAGUAGAAGGCCAUUCCGCCAUGCCCUUAAGCACUUAUUACAGGUCUACAAGCCCAAUAUCCUGGGUCUUUUUGAACCAAAAGUUUAUGGAGAUCAGGCUAACAAAAUCUGCUCACAGCUCGGGUUUUCGGACUGGAUCCGAGUGGAGGCCGUUGGCUUUAGUGGGGGCAUUUGGGUUCUUUGGAAGGACCUGGUGCACAUCUCUGUCCUUUUCACUCAUCCGCAGUUUAUUUUGGUGCAGGUUUCUCAAAGCAGGCAGCCACCAUGGGUGUUUGCGGCAGUUUAUGGAAGCCCGACCCACCACCUCCGGCGCAGACUCUGGCGGGACCUAUCUCAGUCCAAACGCGGCCCACAAGGCCCUUUGCUAGUGGCCGGGGACUUCAACUCAGUCAUCAACAAGGAAGAAACGACUAACUACAGUUCGUUCUCUACCCAAAGGAGCUCGGAUUUUGUCAACUGGAUCCAAGAUGAAGAUCUCUUUGACUUGGGAUUUUCGGGGCCCAAGUUGACGUGGGUCAAGAAUGAACCGACGGAUGCUACAAAGGGGGCCCGACUUGACCGGGCCUUGUGUAAUAUUGACUGGCGAGUUAGGUUCCCGGAUGCUGAAGUGGAGCAUUUGCCUAGGGUUGCUUCGGACCAUGCCCCGCUCUUACUUCGGCUACACGGGAGCCGAAGGGGCAAUCCCACUAACCUUUUCCAUUUUCAUUUUCAGGCUGCUUGGCUUACUCACCAGGACUUGACGAAAGUUGUUAAGAGGAUGUGGAACACGGAUGGGGAUUUGGCCGGCAACGUUCAGAGGGUUGCACAUGGCCUUUCUGACUGGAAUAAAGAGGUGUUUGGGAAUAUCUUCAAAAGGAAGAAAGAUUUGCUUUCCAGGAUUUGA